CAUUAGACAAAAAGACUGGUGAUUAUACUGACACAGCUUUUAUUUGUAACGAAUGUAAACAAGAUUUUGAUAGUAAUGUUCUUCCUUGGUGCGAAAAGUGUGGUAGAACAAAAAGAAAUAGAAAAAGAUGUUUUUGUCAUUUAGAGAAAGACAAAUCAACUCAACUUGUUUCUGAAGAAGACUUGAUGUCUAGGUCGUUUAGUUACCAUUUAGAAAACAAGACUAGAGAACUAGAAAAAGAAUUAUCCACCACUAAAGAAGAGUUAAACAUUGAAAGAGAAGAAGUAGCCAAGUUUCAGGAAAAAUCUGAAGA